AUGGGGAACAUAGUAGACUCGGUCGAAACACAACCAGCAGAAGCAGAAGAAGGCAUUAACGAUUCAAACUCAUCCGAUUCCCUCCAGUACAGCGUGGAUGAAACAGUUAUUGAUUUGGAUGCCCCUGAGUACAAAGAGUAUCUUAAACAUAAACGAAAGAUAAGCCGAAGCGAGGGAAACCUCCAUGACAUUUCCUAUCUUGACUGGGUCAAAACAAACAACGUGAACCUGAUAUCAAGACGUCUCAAAGCCAGGUAAGGUUGCUCCUGAACGCAGUAAAGCAUUUGUAUUCCCGGGCGUAUAUCUUAAGUCAAUUCGGUUUUGCAAUGCAAAGAUUAAGAGCUAAGAUUUAGCUGUCCUCUACCUUUGCUAUUGUAAAUGAAAUACAAGGCUUCAAAUUGCAAAUAAUUCUGUUAAAUUUUGUCUACCGAUAGCAGUAGUGUUGUUUUAUCAAAAUCCAGUAUUUGACUGCUGAUAAUUCACCACGGUUCAUUAAGUACUGUACACUUAUGAAUGUGUCGGAAGCCCUGAGCAUUCUUUGAUUCCGUACAACACUUCUCUUGAACAAACAACAAAUCUUGAUUAAUCAAAUGAGCGAAAGUCGUUAUAAAUACGUGAACACGUUUGAAAAUCUUAAGACCCAAACUUCCGUCUUUUGAAGAAAAGGGAGAGCUGAAAUCAUGACUGAUAUUACUGAACCAACGGUGACGGUGUUGAAGAAAGUAAUAUUUAAUAGUCUUUUUAAAUAUCCCUCAAGAGUACUAUUCUAGCUGUAACAUUGGAGAGACAGGGGUGAUCUUUGCAAAUACUAUGUCGUGAAAUUCCUAAGAUUGGGCAUAAUGCUUCCCUACCAACAUUUGUGCAGUUCAUACUUAUGUAAACAAAGUGAAUGUUCCAGAACCCAUCCCAGUUCAAAGCAAAUCAUUUAUGCGCGAAGAAAAAGCUCAGAAGAAAGUUCUGACAUUGUGCUCAUCAGCGCACACCUGUGUGGUCGAAAAUACAAAUAACCUUCCAAUCGAGAAUUCCAAAUUUUAAGGCACACUCUUGAUGUUUUUAAGGCAGGAAGCCGGGAUAUAUGUAAGGUACUGACAUAUAUCUUUUAACUAUUGUUUGCUGACAAUACACUAUAUCAAGGAAUAUGAAUGCUUAUUAUCUAAUGAGCUUCGCGUACCCGUCCCAGGUCAGUGAUCAAAGAGCAAUUUCUUGUUAAGUUUCUUGUAAGUUUCUUUUAUUGUUAAGUAACAACAAAAAGGUGGUAUAUUUCUUGGCCGAAUUUCAGUUAACCUUUUAUUUUUCUGGCCGAUCGAAAUCUCUUUUGUCUGCAAUCGAAGCUUGCACGCUUCAAAUAAAUUAUUGAAUUUUCUAGAAGAAACUUAGUGAAGUACGAAAUCAAACUAUUUGAAAAAGCAACAGGUGUCAGACUAUUUUUAACCGAGUUAAUUUAGUUCAGGAAUGGCUUGGCCAAUUUGGGAGAUUGACAUUUCAAAAGACUUUUUUGGGUAAACGAGGCCAGGAUGUGGUUGUUUUGUGUAUUGAUUUCACGGCGUUAUCAGACUACUUACUUGGCGGAAAACGUAGGUUAUUGUUCUUCGACUAAUUAAGCUUCCAUUUUCGUUCAAGUACUGAACAAUGAAUAAAAGAGCUGUCACUGUUUGUUCAGUUUUACGAUAGACUUUCCAUUCAAACCUGCAAUCGCAAUAUGAGCUGUCCGUCGCGGUCAAGUUCGUAACGACAGAACAGUGCUUUGACUUCAAAAAAUAUAUAGACACUCGCGCUUAAAAUUUUGUUUUUAUGGUGAUAAUGACAGACAGCACGUUUCUUCUACGAUCAGUCGACCCUAAAUCCUUUGGGCAAUAAACUGAUGUAAUCCGCGCAUAGACUGUGAAUAACUAAAGAGGUCCGAAAAGAAGAGAAAUUUUUUGCUCAUUAAAAAGUUUAUAAAUAUCAAAACCUUCUGAGCCUUGGGCAGUGUAAGGACCGGACCACAUUUAAGAGACUGAGUUAAAACGUGGGGACCUGAUAUUACAGACAACUCACAGAGUUCAAUAGUUUUAACUUGUAUUGUUUAAAUCAACAUGAAGCCAAAGCCAUUACAAAAUAUUGUGACUGUGUUUUGUUUUGCAUCCCGGUCUCUUGCAAUAUUUCAUCGUAGCGCCAGUGCAAUUAGUGGGUCAUCUUUAUUGUUUUGACCUUUCAUAAUAUCGCAUUUAUCUUUGAGUAGCUCUUUAUAGCUGAUAUUAGUCGGAUUCUUUAAAACGCAAAUAUUAGAACAAAACGGGAGUCGUUGAAAAAUAUCAAUGCAUACUAUACUUCCUACUUACUAUCCGGAGUCCAAAAUAGAAAGUCUUAUUAUUAGCAGGGGCUCUAUUUGUUUCCCUAGAGCGAUUUAAGUGCCUUCCUCGUGAAAUCUUUGAUUACCUCAUUCUACCCACAAGUUCCCUCUUCUUCAAAGACCAUUUGCCGUACAGGUUCUAAUAUCUUUUUAUAUCUUUUUAUUAAACUAUCAUUGUUUGAUAGUUCAUAUCUGCCUGUAUCAGCACCAAAGUUUAUAAUGAUUCAAGUUUACAAAUAAGAUAAAAAGACUAUUUGGAAAAAAGGGACUCUAGUAGUAUAUUAAAGCCCUUUUAAGGAAACCCAAUGUAUAAUGUACGCGUUGGUUUCAGGGCUUUCAAGGUUAAUAUUUUAGCUUCGAUAAAUGAAAACAGAACAUGAUGCCCUAAAAUGGUAAUACUGCACUACGGCUACUAUUGAUGGAAAGUGACACCCACCAUCUGUUGUCAGUAAGUAAACGGCGAAGCGUUAAUAAUUACAGGAAAAAAUUAUUGUAACUGUUUAUAAUUUACCUAAGUGUUCUUUUUUUCUUUUGCAGCGAUUUAGAGGUCAGCGACGAUAAACUUGCCAGAAGGAGCUCAGCUCCGAUAACAAAAAAUGAUUUUUUUGCCGUCAAGAAGAACAGUGAAGAGUGUGAAAAGCGAAAGUUGGGAAGCAAACAGCGAAUAAGAGACAUUAAGAACAAGUACAAUCUAAAGAACAGAGACUACUCUGCCAGAACAUAUGUGUGGAAUGAGGCAGAUGAGAAAGACAAUAGAAAAGAACGGGAAGAGAGAAAAAGACUUCGGAAACAAAUUCGUCAAAAAUACAAUUUGCAGACUCCAAGCGUUCAGAGGCAGAUUUCGGUGGCCAAAGGAUGAACACUAGUGCGAGUUGUGAAGAUUGUCAGCUUGCCUAAAGCAAAUUGUGCAGUGGCAUGGCCCGCACUAAUGUGUGUUAAGGCACAUAAAGAUCCUCUCGUGGCGUUAAGUAGACACAUAUAUUGGCAUUCCAAGAAUGGGACAGGCCGAAAUAGCUAAUAAAGGCCAAUAAAUUAAGACGCUGUCUCCAAAAAUAAUGUUGCAAAUAGCUUCAGUUUCUGCACUGUUCAGAAAACUCGACUGAAACACGAAAAGUAAGAAAAACAAUUAUCAGACGAUUUUAUCCGCACCUCAUUUUCAAGAGGUUAAGGAUUGACAGUCUGGUAUUAACAGUUUGACUUAAAGAAUAAAAAGCAAUAAUUACAGUUUGCAGUUUUACUUUAUUAGCAAAAUUGAUGUAAAUGUAUAUUUAUAUUUGCCCGGGAGAAAAGAAUAUUUUUUAAGCUGAAUGUAAAUACUAUCAAAAAUUGUAAUGAUAAAGGGCUGUUUCUUUUCUAGUGGACCAAUUAAAGUUACAUUUAUAAUAACAGCGAGAGAGUGAUUUUUAAUUAGUUCUUUGGCUCAAGCAAGACAGAAAGCAUUGUUUUUCAAAAGUACGCCUCCUUAACCCUUUUGCCCCAGUAUUCAAAGUUGAAAUUUUUCCAGACUGAUUUCCUAACAUUUCCUUAAAAAAUUAAAUAAGAGAAUUUCAGGAAAAAAAAAAUUGAUGAAGCCGUUUUCUUUUGGUAAAUAUUGUGAAGAAAAGUAUUGCCAUUGGCCACUUUUAGAACUUUUUAUGUAUACGUUAUGCCACAAUAGACGCAAAUCAGAAUUCCCUAAUUUUUCCAGCAAUUUUUUUAUCGACAAAUAUGACCCAAAAUAACGCUUGUUAUAUUAAACCUUCCAGUUUAGGAACCACUAUUAUAGAGUGCUACCCAAAUAAGAAAGAAAGAUCAAUAUCUAAAAUCAGUGUGAUAUUAAAACUUUUUUUCGCACUAAGUAGUAAAAUAUAUGUUUAGAUUGCGAUCACAUCGCAGUGAACUCAACUGAUGGGAGCAAAGCAGUUAUGAAAAUACGGAAACGUUUCCUAAUCAAGCUUUAAUAAUUAGGCCAAAAAAUUUUUACAGUGAAUUCCCAACGUUAUUUUGGCCUAGGGCGAUGCCAGAACUCACAUUAUGUCACGAAAUUUUGGUCAAGUUUUUGUUUUGUCUUUCUUAGUAUGGACCACCAAGAGACAGUAUCCGACCAUCAAAUAAGUGUGGACAAUAAGCCCACUUAAAAGUUACAAUAUAAAAGGACAAAAACAAACCAAAAAUGGUAUAUUUGUAAACAGAUUUAUUUUCGCAUUUUUAACAGCGACUAAACCAGUAACAUAACUUUCUCAAUAUAACCCAAGAACAUAAUUAAGAUAUUUGAUAGACAAGAUAUGUGUCCUUUGUUGUCAGGCUCUGACGAAGGCAGUGGUGGUCUUCAUCAAGGGCCCGAGUUGAACAAGUCCUGCUGAUGAAAUGAAUGAAAUGACUGUAGAGAAGACGUCAACUUGUUAAAUUAAAGAUGCACGGCUUCUAUUCAGUUUAACUGACUUGAACUGAAUGAAGGAGCUGCGAGGCUAACAAGCCUAGCGUGGUCGUUUUAUUAUUAAUUUUCUUAUUCAGAGUUUAUGCUAGACAACACUUUUCUAACAUAAUCACGGU